AUUUCGGAUCAAUGUGGGUAUUGAAAGGGAAAAAAACUGAAAAGGGUAUCGAAGAUUGUGUUUGUUUUGAUUGUCGAUCAAUGGUUAAAUGAUCGUUUUCUAUGGGGAUUCCUAAUUUGUGGUCUGUGACUCGGAUCGUGUUCUUGUUGUUUAAACAAUUCGUCUGAUAGUUUUGAAGUAACGGCUAGCAAUUCAAGAUUAUGGUCAUCUUAUUAUGUGACACUGGAUACACACAUAUGGAUUAAGCUUACACAAAAAGUAUCGCUGAUCCAAAACGCAGGGGAUGUUAUCUUUUAAGAAUUUAUAUGAAAUGAAAGAUAUCUGACCAAUAUUUUGAAGUGUGUUUGGAAACAAUGGAUUGGACGUAAAUAAUGUUGCCAAGAAAAGCCAGAUGGUCUAAGACAGCCCGCAGCCUCCCAGAAAGUACCCGACGUCCACAGUUAGCUCGGGAGUGGACCUUCCAUUCCGUGGAAGCGGAGGAUUUUACCAGCAAUGUGGUGCCUUACAGACUCCCCCGAAUUGACACACCCAGAGAGGCCUUCGGCAGGUUUAAUUGUGAUCCAGACGAUGUUUGGAGUCGCUAUGGUUACCAAAAUCAAAUAAGAAUCCCUGGGGAGCUGGGUCCAGUGGUGCGGAUGCUGAAUCCUCCCCAGACAUAUGCUCAGGCCGAGAGGCAGAUGAACCUGGUGGUGCCCAAAUUCAAAAACGCUGCUAUCACCCCCACCAUGCGCCCCAUUCAUUGGACCCCUCCACAGAAAGAUAUUGAUGAUGUACAGGUGUAUAAAAGCAUGAUCUCUGCUGUUCGUAACAAGCAUUUAGAAAUUGAGGCGAAUCGUCCCGAGCCAACUCCAUCCCCCAUCUCCCGCUGCGACUCUCCCGCUAAAUCCGUCAAAAGUAUACACUGGAUGCUGGGAAGCAACAAGCACCCUACAUUUGACGUAAAGGGUAGAGGAAGAAACCAGGGGCCUUACUCCAGAGAGUUCACAGUUCAUUGCACUGCCCCAACUAACUGGAUGAGGAUGAAGUGGGGGCGGGCUAAUACAGUGUAUCAUUGAUGAUGUUUUUUCCUGUUUUCAUCACAUCUGUACAGCUGCACAAACAUAUUUGAACCUGUGACCUUGCAUAUGUAAAUAAAAGUGCCUCCCUGAGAAACGCCCAGGAAUCUCUGACAAUUUUUAUGGUCUUUCAAUAGUUUUAUUGCGUCGAUUCUUGAAGAUAUAUAAGAAUUGUGUUUUGAUCAGGGUUGGAUAGUCUUAAGGCUGAUACAGUGUGAUACGUCCAUACCAGUUAUGGUUAUAUGAUGUGGACAUGUAAUCCUUUUUAAUAAUUACUCACUCAAUCAAUGUAUACUUUAAAUGUAUUCUAUUAAGCAUGUACUACAAUAUUUGGCAGAAAUUGAUUUUUGAACAAGUUAGCCAAGAUUUGAUUUAGCACAUUUACUUUUGUUUCUAUCAAAGACAAUCAUGAUUUUAAGGCUGUACAUAAAACAUCAUGUCUGCAGAUGUAGCAUCAGCAGCUAUCAGUAUAGUAUAUUGUAGCUGAUAUGAUAUCCGUAAAUGUGACACAUGUUAUCAGUAAAAUUGACAUAGGUCAUACAUGUUUUACAUGUUAAAUUUCUAUUGUUUUUUUUUUACAUUGUUAGGACUGUGAUAUUGUAUUAUAAAUAUGUAUAUACUGCAGUAUAAUUUAUUAUUUCUUUAAGAACAUUGUUUUGUUACUUGAAACUGUAUAAAAUAUGCCAUUAAAAUGGCCGGAGAUGAGAUUUUUAGCAGUAGUAAUGAAUAUUGUUCUUAGUGCUUGUAUUAAGGUGUCUGUUUAGAUCUGUUGUCUGUGACAGUGUUGUGAAUGUAUCUGAAAGUAUAUGGAUGGUCAGCUGUUCGUAGCCACUAUGUUUUUUGUGUUGUGUAUACUGCUGUUAAACUGAGGUUUACAGGAAAUCAGUAGGUCAACUAGCUACUUUGUUGUUAACCAGACACCUGAACUUGUUUUUAUAUUCAUUUUUAGAUUAAUUGGAUUUUAUUAAUUUUUUUAAUUGAUUACUUUAAACAUGGGGAAAAUAUAUAUGUCAUAAUUAUAAUGGUUCAAGCUAUCUUACAAUCUAAGAAUAAAAUCAUAAUAGCAAGUGUACUUUGGCUAUAAUUAUGAAUGCUGAAAUUAGUGUGAGAUUAGGUAUAGAAAAACGUAUAAAAAACGUAUAUAAUGUACCAUUUUACAAGAGCUUUCCAUAUCUGUUUUAUAUAACAACUGUGUGCAGGAAUUCAUUUUAUUUAAUUAUUGAAUUUUACAUUUGUUUGUUUGUUUAUUUAUUUAUUAUUUACCUGUAUCUAUUUUUUAGCUCACCUGAGCCGAAGGCUCAAGUGAGCUUUUCUGAUCACAUUUUGUCCGUCGUCCGUCCGUCUGUCUAGCUGUCCGUCUGUCUGUCUGUCUGUAAACUUUUCACAUUUUCGACUUCUUCUCAAGAACCACUGGGCCAAUUUUGACCAAACUUGGUACAAAGCAUCCUUGGGUGAAGGGGAAUUUAAAUUGUUAAAAUAAAGGGCCAAGUCCCCUCACAAGGGGAGAUAAUCAAGAAAAGACAAAAAUAGGGUAGGGUCAUUAAAAAAUCUUCUUCUCAAGAACCACUGGGCCAGAAAAGCUGAAACUUAUGUUGAAACAUCCUGGGGUAGUGUAGAUUCUAAAUUGUUCAAAUCAUGACCCCCGGGGGAAGGACGGGGCCACAAUGGAGAAUAAAAGUUUUACAUAGAAAUAUAUAGGAAAAAUCUUUGAAAAUCUUCUUCUCAAGAACCACUGGGCCAGAAAAGCUGAAACUUAUGUGGAAGCAUCUUGGGGUAGUGUAGAUUCUAAAUUGUUCAAAUCAUGACCCCAGGGGGAAGGGCGGGGCCACAAUGGAGAAUCAAAGUUUUACAUAGAAAUAUAUAGGAAAAAUCUUUGAAAAUCUUCUUCUCAAGAACCACUGGACCAGAAAAGCUGAAACUUAUGUGGAAGCAUCCUUGGGUAGUGUAGAUUCUGAAUUGUUUAAAUCAUGACCCCCAGGGGAAGGGCGGGGCCACAAUGGGGAAUCAAAUUUUUACAUAGAAAUAUAUAGG